AUGGAUCAAGGUAUCCAACAAAACUCGUUCAUUUCCGUCAAGGACUCCGGUUCUGCCAAAAACUCGGGCCCGUCGCUGCUUGCCUGUCUGCUGUGCCGACACAAGCACCUAAAAUGUGAUGGAAAAACUCCUGUCUGCGGUCGUUGUUCCGCUACAGGAUCUGAAUGUCAAUACACCCCGUCGCGUCGCGGGUACAAGGGCCCCUCGAAGAAGCGUCGAGCCAAUCCAUCCUCCCCCGACCAACUCCCUGCCGACAUGUCGACCUCGUUCGAGCCCCAAUACUUCAAUGUGCCGUCUGACUGGACUCUGGCGAGUAACAUGCCCAUGUCCUAUGCGGUGCCAGCCACCACUACCCCCGUGCCGACUUCCCUGCCCUCCUCUUCCUUGCCGUCCGGCAGUCCCGCUCUGACAGAUCAUUCUGGCUCCUCGCACUCGCAGCCGGUCGGCGUCUCCAAUAGCCCCAUGACUCCGGACUCGAUCUCUACCAUUGCCGGCGAUGGCUAUCUUAUCGACAUCUUCUAUACCUACUUUCAUCCUUCCCACCCGGUCUUGCCGCCGCACCGUGUCCUUUACCGCAAUCCCGUGCCUGCGUUCCUGGAGCAUGUCAUCAAAUUCAUUGGGACCCACUUCACUCCGGCCGCCAACAGUGAGAACUACAGGCCGUCGGUAAUGUCCUCCGUGAUGGACCAGGAAGGGUCUAUCGAGAAAUUGCAGGCCCUGGUGCUUCUCGCCAUUGUCUUGCAUUCCCGCAAUGAGCGACAGAAGGCGGGCGAGUGCGUCACGACGGCUGUUAAUCUGGCCUUUGAGUUGAGGUUGAACACGAGAGACGCUGCGCCGAUGCUCAGCAAUGGCGACCCGGUGCGGGAAGAGAGCUUGAGGCGUACCUGGUGGGAGCUGUUCAUUAUUGAAGGCAUGCUGACUGCACUGGGUGUUCAGCCAGCUUUUCGGUGCAAUUCUGGGCCGCUCGAGGUACCAUUGCCCUGUGAGGAGCGUAUCUAUCAGGAUGCCCUCCCGCCUCCGCCUGCGCCUACCGUUGCGCAAUUCGACGAGCGUGUCUUUGCAGACGAGGAGCGGGAUUUCUCUUCCUUCACUUACCGAAUCGAGGCUGUUCGCAUCCUGGGACGCGUAGUGUCCAUCCAAGACAUGAUUGAGGGCCAACAGGACCAUGUCGAGGCCAUUGACGCGCGGAUUACCAGUUUCUUCCACCACCUGCCCGAGAACAAGGCCGAACUGCUGCGCCCGGACGGGUCGGUCGACGAGAUGAUGUUCCAAGCGACAAUGAUUGUCAACGGCUCUGCAAUUUACCUCCAUUUCCCGAGAUCUGACCUGCUGUCGUCCCCAGCGGUGGCAGCGGAGGUUAUCUGCGGCCAUCACGGGCCGCUGAGCAUCCCGGCCUUCUCGCAUCAUGCGCAUGCCAUGAAGGCGGUGAAGGCAGCCAGCGAGAUCUCCUCGCUGGCGUCUAUCCGCAUGCCAGUUGUGAAGCACACGCCCUUCUUCAUCUGUGCGCUGGUCCUCAGCUCCAUGGUGCAGUUGGCUGCAUGCUCUGUCAAAGCCGGGCAGAUGCCCGACCCCAGCCGUGACCGGCUGACGCUUACCAUUGGCGUUUUCAAGACCCUGGGACGGACCUGGGCGAUUUCGCAGACCAUUAUGCAUCAGAUCAAGGCCGUCGCCCGCGAUGUGAUGGACCUUGGUCUUCGGCCUACCAUGCCCGAGAUCGAUCUGACCACCGUCCUCGACAACAGUCGGUUUUGGAUACCCGACCUCCUUCCGAUGGCCAGGUAA